AUGGGAGUACUCAGAACGAAAUUGCAAAAUAGUCCUUCAACUUUCGGAAAUUACGUUUUCGGAAAUAGUCCUUGGACCCCAGCCAGGGGCUGCCGCCCCUUAAACCCCGCUACUUGGGGGCGCUGCCCCCGAAUCUUGGUGGACUUCUAUCCACUCGCCGGAAGAUACAUCAAGGAACAAAGCCUUGUCCACUGCAACGAUGACGGCGCCGAGUUCGUCACAACACAAGCCACCGGCGUCGACCUCAACGACGUUACCGGAACGAACGACACCGACAUUCUGCAACACGUGUAUCCCGAUUCCUACUACCGAUGCGACGAGGAUGGCUCGAACCCACUCCUGUCCAUCCAGGCCACCCAUUUCCCCUGCGGCGGCGCCAUCAUCGCCGUCAACGUUUCCCACCGAAUCUUCGACAUACCAUCCAUAACCACAUUCAUAUCCGUCUGGUCAAGCGUCCACCAUCCUAAUAAAUCUGUUCAGGUCACGCCGUCUUUCAACAUCCCGUCUCUGCUCCCCUGCAAAGAGCACAGGUUUGGGGUGAAUUUGAAGCGAUCCAGCGCCGAGGAGCCCAAGAUUGUCGCCAAGAGGCUACUGUUCGACAAGGCGGCUUUAGCCAGCCUCAAGUCAAAAUUAAAGCCAGACACGAUCUCAGAUGGUGAGAUCGUGUCUGGUGUUAUAGCAAAGGCCUUGGUCCGUCUGGACUGGGCCAAGCAUGGGAAAAACAGAGAGUUUGUGGUUUUCCAACCGAUUAACAUGCGAGAGAGGACGAUCCCGCCUCAGUCGAAGCACGCGUGCGCGAAUCUGACAUUCACCACGCUCACAGCUCCCGUGGCCGCCUCGGAAAAGAUUGAAGUGCAGGAAAUCGUUGAUGUGAUAGGCGAAGGCGUUCGGGCCAAUGUAGCGGAGCUUGCGGGAAUACUGUCUCGGGAUACGGACGGACGAGAUAUCAUCAUAAAAAGCUUGGGGAGCUUGAUGAAGGCGAUUUCAAACCGGGAGACGAAUUUCAUAGUGUUUUCGGAUUGCAACGAGUUUGAAUUCUACGAGGCGGAUUUCGGGUGGGGGAAGCCGGUGUGGAUGACCAUCACACCGCAGCGGCUGCGCAGCAACGCCACGGUGCUGACGAGGAACAGAGAGGGAGAUGGGAUUGAGGCAUGGGUGCAUUUGUACCAAGAUGACAUGCCUCGCUUCCAGGAAGAUGAGGAUAUCACACCAUUUGCACACUAG